AUGCUGUACGUGGUGCGUCGGUGUCUGCGUUUGGCGCUGGCUCUGGCUCUGGCUCUGCCUUGUCUGGCUGUUCCCGUGUCUGUCCUGGACAGCGCCAGCCCAAGCCACAUGGAUGACGGGACGCCUCUGGGGCUUGGGCGGAGGGAGACGACACGACGUCCUGGGGGAAAAGGGCUCCAAGGGGGCGACACGUGCCGCUGCUACAACUCGGAGCUGGGGGACCCUGCACCUGUCGUGCUUGUCGUGACGCUGUGCGCUCCGCUCGUCAAACAUUGCCCGUCCACUAUAACCUAUAGCUCUACUAGGCGGGCGGGCCUCUGCUGGGCGGUGCAGAAAAGCGCAACACGGAGCGGUGGGGUGGCAUCCCGUGUUGGAUACCUUACCUAG